AUGCAACAACUGAAGAAACUUGAGGAAGGACGUGGAAAGAUGCACAAAUAUGGGAACGUGCAUUCCACUGCUAUGUCGUGGCCUCUUCUGAGAUCAGAAUCAGAGAAUCACGUAAGCCAAACAGAUAAGAAGCAGCAGAGCAGAAUCAACAAGAAACCAAAAUGGGAGCCACUGAACGUCUCCGGACAUUAA